CUUCUACUCAACUCCCCUUCAACUACGGCGGACUAAAGUGUGUUCACUGUGUGUUGUGAUAGUUGGAAGUUUGAGUUUCACUAAGUGACGCUUGACGAAAUGGCGGAAGACAAUGUUUAUGAAUCGAUGCUCUGUGUGAAGCCUGAGGUCCACGUCUACCGUAUUCCACCACGGGCGUCGAAUCGUGGAUAUCGCGCUGCUGACUGGAAACUGGACGAACCUGCGUGGAGUGGAAGAUUGAAAAUCACCGCAAAAGGAAAGAUGGCCUACAUCAAAUUAGAGGACAAAAACACAGGGGAGCUUUUUGCCCAAGCUCCAGUUGAACAGUAUCCAGGCUGUGUAGUUGAAGCAGUGACAGAUUCCAGCAGGUACUUUGUGAUCCGGAUAGAGGAUGGAAAUGGCCGCCACGCUUUUAUUGGUCUGGGCUUUGCUGAUCGGGGAGACUCCUUUGAUUUCAAUGUUGCUUUACAAGACCAUUUUAAGUGGGUAAAGCAAGAGGGUGAACUGGCCAAAAUGGAAGCAUCCCAGAGUACCGCACCGAAGCUUGACUUGGGCUUCAAGGAGGGACAGACCAUCAAGAUCAGUAUAGGGAAUAUUAAGAAGAAGGAUUCAUCAAGUGCUAAGCCACACCCCAUGGCUGGAGGUCUGCUCCCACCUCCACCUGGAGUCAAGACUGGAGGCAUCAUUCCACCCCCUGGCAGCCAGCAAACAAAAAGUGCAGCUCUUUUAGACUAUGGAUCACCAGUUCCUGAAACACAGCCCAGCGCUGAUGUGUGGGGAGAUUUUACAUCUGCAGGUUCCAACUCUAGUAAUGAUGCUGCCAAAUCAGGAUGGGUGCAGUUCAGCUGAGUAUAGACAAACGUGGACACAUUUCUGUGCAUACAUUCCAUAGAAGGGAUAGUUGUAUGGGGAUGGAAAAAAAAGGGGAAAGGUGGCAAACUGGUCCGAUUUACUCACAUGAGCCACUGUUUGAUGGUUGCUUAAAUAUGGUCAAAUGAAGAUUGUUAUUAUUUUAUAUAUAGAAAUACCUUCUGUUAUAUACUUUCCUAUUUAGGAAGAUCCCUUUGUGAUGAUAGCAGUUAGGUAACCACAAAAGCUACUGUAUUUGAAGAUGCAUCGCUCCAUUAUUGCCUUAAAUCAAUCAUUGCCUUACCAUUGUCACGAAUUCCAUAGAAAUAGAAAUUAAAUUAGAGAUCUUCGGCUAUGCUCAUCAUGACACAUCUUUCUUUUCAGUUCAUGAAACCUUUUUCCUUUUAAAAUUGAAAAAUAUUUUCUUGUUGGCGCGAGUUAAUUACUGAUAGUUUUUAGGACGGCCUGCAAAACUGAGCUCAUUUUGUUUGUCAUUUUGCUAUUUUGAUGAACAGUUUUACAUAGAGCUCUUAAAUGUUAGUCAAGAGCUUUUAAAUCUUAUUUCAGUAUUUCAGGUUUGUCUGUUGUUUUCAUGUAAGAUUGUGUCCUAUUAAUGUGCCUUUACCAAAAAAAAAAAAAACAAUCUCCUUAAAGUUAUUCAAAGGUUGCACUCUGUAUUUGAUGAAGUGCCUCUUUGAAAAACAAUUGUACAAAAUGUAAGCCUCUUUGUAAAUAAACAGUAUAUCUCA